CACUCGACCUCCAAGCUCAAGACCCAUCCCCUACACCCGUGGUUAGAUGCACCUCCCACCCUCAGAAACGUAUCAUCACGCACCCAAAAACUAUAGACGUUUCUCCUCACGGACCUUUCAUCUCCCGACGGCAUCAUAACACAUACCUUCAAAAAAUCAAUCGUGAACCGUGCGAUGAUGGAUGUAGCGUUCGCUGGCAAACCAGGUCAAGGUGAAGUGGAGGAAUGGAUGCGCAGGAUGGGCUUUAGGGAGGUUUGGAAUUACAAAUAUUGAUGUAUCAUGUGGACGGGAGCGGCUGGUCGAGUCGGUUCAAUAGACUCGUGACGAUUAAUUCGGAUGUGUUCAAGUUUACGGUGUACCCUGAAUGGUGCAUUUACUUUACUUUUGUCUCGUAUUUCAAUUCUUGACGUUCUCCUUUCUCCUUCCUGUUCAAUCCCUACCCAAAAAGGUUCACCCAACGUCCCUAACGUGUAUUAUAGUGAGUGUAUAAACCGUCUCCUGCUCCAGGUGCCACCAUUCCAGGGACACUACCAUAGCUAUACUCAACAAAAACUCAUAACUUGAAUGCGCUUUCAAUCACAUUCUUACAGUCCUGUGACAGGACUUUGCAUUCCUCCCG